GAUAUAAAAAAGUCAAUAAAACUGGCAAGCUUGAAUUAAACGCAAAUGUUAAUAUGGAGCCAAUGGAUGUGAAAAUACAGCAAGCACGUACUAAUAUUGAGGCCAUAAAUGAAAUUAAGUAUACUCAAGAAUUACAGAAUUUAAUGAAAUUCCGUGAAUACGUGGAUAACGUGUUGUAUGAAUAUGUGAAUAGUAUUCAACACUUAAUGCCAAACAUCGCAACCAAUGCUAUACUCCAUACGAAACAAGAGCUCAAUAAUAGACACUGUUAUCGACAACUAGUGGACACUUUACACGAGAACUGCUUUAAUUUGAAUCAAAAUCCAUAUCUGUUCAGAAAACUGCAAAUAUUUGUGAAUAUUUACGAACAAAUGCGUGACUCGAGUGAUGCGGACAUUGCUGUCAACCGAUUGAUACAACACUGCAAUCGAAAUGUUGACUCAAAAUAUUCACAAAUUGUUUAAUGAAUUAAAACACCUUUAAGUUGUAAAUCACAGAAAAUAAAAAACUAUUAACUACGAAC